UGGCUUCUAUGAAGGGGUUCAGUGGUGCCUGCUACCCAGGUUCUUCUCUCUCAGGUUCUUGCUGCUUUUAGCCAUGACUUGGAGAAUCUUUCUGUUGACAGCUCUGGCAUUGUGUCGCGGGUUCAACUUGGAUAUUGAAAAUCCAAUGACCUUUCAGGAGAAUGCAAGGGGCUUCGGGCAGACUGUGGUCCAGUUUGAAGGGUCCCGGGUGGUGGUUGGAGCCCCCCAAGAGAUAAGGUCUACCAACCAAACAGGUGGCCUCUACCAGUGUGACUUCGGCACGGGCAGGUGUCAGCCGGUCCACCUGCAGGUGCCCCCAGAGGCUGUGAACAUGUCCCUGGGCCUGUCCUUGGCAGCUGCCACCAACCCCUCCCAGCUCCUGGCCUGUGGCCCUACUGUGCAUCAGACCUGCAAGGAGAACACAUAUGUGAAUGGCUUCUGCUUCCUGUUUGGCUCCAACCUGCUACAGCAGCCUCAGCGGUUCCCAGAGUCCCUCAGAGGAUGUCCUCAGCAGGAGAGCGACAUUGUCUUCUUGAUUGAUGGUUCAGGUAGCAUCCGGGGAAAUGACUUUCAGAAGAUGAAGGAAUUUGUCUCAACUGUGAUGAACCAAUUCACAAACUCUAAAACCUUGUUCUCCUUAAUGCAGUACUCUGAAAACUUCUGGACUCAUUUCACCUUCAGCGAUUUCAAGAAUAACCCGAACCCACGAUCACUGAUAGCCCCAAUCAGACAGCUCAAUGGGAGGACGCACACGGCCACAGCAAUCCUCAAAGUAGUAACAGAACUCUUCCAGAGCUCCCAUGGGGCCCGCGAGAAUGCUGUGAAGAUCCUAGUCGUUAUCACAGAUGGGGAGAAGUAUGGCGACCCCUUGGGCUAUGAGGAAGUCAUCCCUCAAGCUGACAAAGCAGGGGUCAUUCGCUAUGUCAUUGGGGUGGGAGAUGCGUUCAGAAGUGAGAAGAAUAGAGAGGAGCUUAAUACCAUUGCUUCCAAGCCUUCUCGGGACCAUGUAUUCCGGGUGAAUAACUUUGAUGCUCUGAAGACCAUUCAGGACCAACUGCAGGAAAAGAUCUUUGCAAUCGAAGGUACUCAGACAGGAAGUACUGCCAGCUCCUUCGAGCACGAGAUGUCCCAGGAAGGGUUUAGCGCUGUUGUCACCUCUUAUGGCCCCUUGCUGGGUUCCGUGGGGAGCUUUGACUGGGCAGGUGGGGCUUUUCUCUACGAAUCCAAGGAUCAAGUCACCUUCAUUAACAAAACCAGGGUGAAUUCAGACAUGAAUGAUGCAUACCUGGGUUAUGCUUCUGCAGUUAUCUUGAGGAACAAGGUGCAAAGCCUGGUCCUGGGGGCACCCCGGUAUCAGCACAUUGGCCUGGUGGUGAUGUUGAAGAGGAAUUUUAGGGUCUGGGAGCCCAGCAUGGAAAUCAAGGGCAGCCAGAUUGGUUCCUAUUUCGGGGCCACCCUUUGCUCUGUGGACCUGGACAGUGAUAGCAACACCGACCUGGUCCUCAUUGGGGCUCCCCAUUACUAUGAGCAGACCCGAGGGGGCCAGGUGUCUGUGUGCCCCAUGCCCAAGGGGAGGGCUCCGUGGCGGUGUGGGUCUGUUCUCCAUGGGGAACAGGGCCAUCCCUUGGGCCGCUUUGGGGCGGCCCUGACCGUGCUUGGGGACGUGAAUGGGGACAAGCUGACAGACGUGGCUGUCGGGGCUCCAGGAGAGCAGGAGAACCGGGGUGCUGUUUACAUCUUUCAUGGAUCAUCAAAGUUGAACAUCAAACCUACCUACAGCCAGCGGAUCACAGGCUCCCAGCUCUCCCCCAAGCUCCAGUAUUUUGGUCAGGCAGUGAGCGGGGGCCAGGAUCUCACGAUGGAUGGGCUGAUGGAUUUGGCUGUAGGGGCCGAGGGUCACCUGCUUCUGCUCAGAGCCCAGCCAGUGCUAAGGGUUGAGGUGACCAUGGAAUUCAACCCCAGGGAAGUGGCGAGGGAUGUGUUCGAGUGUGGCAACGGGAAUGCCAGAAGCAAGGCUGCUGGAAAGGUCACCAUCUGUCUCCGAGUCCGCAAGAACACAAGGGAUCGGCUCAGAGAAGAGGAUAUUCGGAGCAUCAUCACAUACGACCUGAUCCUGGAUUCCACUCAUUCACGGGCCAUCUUUGCGGAUACAGGAAAAAAGACGCGCACACGCACACAGACCUUGGGGCUGACACCAGCAUGUGAAACCCUAAAUCUACAGUUACCGAACUGUGUGCAAGAUUCACUGAGACCCAUCGUCCUGCGCCUCAACUAUAGUCUGGUGGGGGUCCCCUUGGCCCAUUUUGGGGGCCUUCGGCCGGUUCUGGCUGAAGAUGCUCAGACCAUCUUCACAGCCUCAUUUCCCUUUGAGAAGAAUUGUGGCAAUGACAAUGUUUGCCAGGAUGACCUCAGUGUCUCCUUCAAUUUUCUGGGCCUGGAUUCCUUGGUGGUGGGAGACCCCCGAGACUUCAAUGUGAUGGUGACUGUGGGUAAUGAAGGUGAGGACUCCUACAACACCGAGGUGACCUUCUACCACCCAGACGCCUUGUCCUUCCGGAAUAAAUUAACCCAGAUACCCUGGACCUUGUCUUGCACAUCUGUGUCCCCCACUGAUGAGCAUGGGGCCUUGAAGAGCACUGUGUGCAGUGUCAGCAACCCCAUCUUCCCUGGAAACUCAGAGGUCACCUUUAAUGUCUUAUUUUAUGUGGACGUGUAUGCUUUUCUUGGAAACAGACUACUCCUCAAGGCCAGCGUGACCAGUGAGAACAACAUGCCUAGGACCAACAAAACUGAAUUCCAACUGGCGCUGCCUGUAAAAUACGCCGUGUACUUGGUGGUCACCAGUGGCGAGAAUUCGACCAGGUAUUUCAACUUCACCGCCUCAGAGAAGAGCAGUCAGGUGAUCAAGCAUCAGUACCAGUUCAAAAAUCUGGGCCACAGGAGCUUCCCCAUGAGUGUGGUUUUCUGGGUUCCUGUCCGGUUGGCUAAGAUGACCAUAUGGGACCGCCCCCAAGUCAUCUUCUCUCAGAACCUCUCAAGCACCUGUCAUACUGAAGAGAGACGCCCCCCUCAAUCUGACUUCCAGGCUCAGCUCAGGAAGACCCCUGUGCUGAACUGUUCCAUUGCUGUCUGCCACAGGAUCCAGUGCGACAUCCCUACCUUCAGCAUGGAGGAAGAAUUCGAGGUGGCCCUCAUGGGCAAUCUCUCAUUUGACUGGUAUAUUGAGAAGUCUCAUGGCCACCUUCUGCUGGUGAGCUUGGCGGAGAUUUUGUUCAAUGAUUCCGAGUUUGCACUGCUUCCAGGACAAGGCAUGUUUGUAAAGUCCCAGACUGAGACUAAAGUGGAGCUGUAUGAACUUCACGACCCUGUGCCACUGAUAGUGGGUAGCACCAUCGGGGGACUGGUCCUCCUGGCCCUGAUCACUGCUGGUCUGUACAAGCUCGGCUUCUUCAAGCGGCAGUACAAGGACAUGAUGGGUGAAGAUGCUGUCCAAGAGACACCACCCCAGUAACAAGCCUUCCAUGGAGUGGCCUUUCCAACAGCAAGCUAGGCUGUGGUCAGAUGAGCAUGUCAGUCUCCCAGGUUGCUAGACAGACAUGUUCUAGAGGAGACUGGGUGUUGAGAAGGAACCUUCUUCAGCUCUCUAUCCUGGAGACUGUGUGUGUGUGAGUGUGUGUGUGUGUGUGUGUGUGUGUGUCUGUGACUCACAAGUCUCUUGCCUGUGGGUUGUGUGGCCAGCACAGCCUGUUUUCUUGGGCAGAAGGAACUUGCUCGGCUUCCUUGUGUGUGGGUGAAGAUGCUGCUGGUCUGUGUCUGAGGGCAGAUCAGAGGGAAGUGAGCCUGUGCUGUCUACACAGAAGGAAGUGGAACUGGUGUGUGGGCCAAUCUGCAGAAAUGCAGGGGCCCAUGGGGCCAGCCCUGUGGGGACCCAAGUGGCUAGAAGCAAGAACCCAGGAGCUGACCAGCCUCUGACUUAUCCCAGAGUCUGUGGGCCCACAAAAGACAUCUAGUGAAGAAUGAGACAUCUCCUUUUUACCUGUGCAUCAGUCACCUUGGUGAUACCUUUAUCCUUCCAAAAUCUGCCCAUGGUUUAGAAAUCAAAAGACAUCCAGCCGCUGUGGCAAGCAUUCUCCCUUCCUAGCUCUUCUAGUCUUCUUCGGACAGUAAGGGCGGUGUAGACUUGAUUCUCCUUCAGAAAAGCUUAAGGCUCUGUGCAAAUGGAUACACCUGUACACACAUACACACGAGCUGUUUUACACGCAUGCUAGUAACUUUACCCUGUGCUGUAUGUAGCUUGCAUUUUUUUUGGUUCUUAAUCUGGCUCAGAUCAUUUCACAUCAAGACAGACUUUCUCAUUCCUGCAUAUGACUGCAUAGUAUUCCAUUGUGAAUGUAUAACAUGCUACAAAUAAUCAGUCUCCUUUGGGUAUAUAACUUCCAGCAUCUUAUUGUGACUAUGUAAUACUGAAUAA